CUUGUCCACCAACUACAGCAGGAGAUGUUGGCGAGAAAAAGCAUCAUUCCGGAGGAGUUCGGUUUGCCGGGGCUCGCCUCUCGGAUGCCCCGCAAACCGGUGUUCAGGGACCGGGUCAACAAAGCGCGUUUCAUCGCCAAAAACGGCUCGUGCAAUUUGGCGCACAAGAACAUCCGCGAACAGGGCAGAUUCCUGCAGGACGUGUUCACCACGCUGGUGGACCUUAAAUGGCGUUUCACCCUGGUCAUCUUCACCACCACCUUUGUGAGCAGCUGGCUGUUUUUCGCCAUGAACUGGUGGCUCGUGGCUUUUGCGCACGGAGACCUGGACCCGGGUCCGCAGAACAGGACCCACUGCGUCACGGACGUCAAGUCGUUCACCUCGGCCUUCCUGUUCUCCAUCGAAGUUCAGGUGACCAUCGGCUUCGGAGGACGGAUGAUCACAGAACAAUGUGCAGCAGCAAUCACCGUCCUCAUCAUGCAGAACAUAGUGGGGCUCAUCAUCAACGCUGUCAUGCUCGGUUGUAUUUUUAUGAAAACGGCCCAGUCACACCGCCGAGCAGAGACGCUCAUCUUCAGCCGCCACGCUGUCAUUGCCGUCAGAAACAACCGUUUAUGCUUCAUGAUCCGCAUCGGAGACCUGAGAAAGAGUAUGAUUAUAGGAGCCACCAUCAGACUACAGGUGGUGAGGAAGACAACCACACCUGAGGGGGAGGUGAUCCCCAUCCAUCAGAUCGACGUCCAGACUGAAAGUGCUGUGGCCAGUAACAGUCUGUUCCUCCUCGCACCGCUCAUCAUCUGCCACAUCAUCGACAAAAACAGCCCUCUGUAUGACCUGUCGGCCAUGGAGCUGCAGUGCAGUGACCUGGAGGUCAUCGCCAUCCUGGAGGGUGUGGUGGAGACGACAGGCAUCACCACUCAGGCCCGGACCUCCUACGUCUCAGAGGAGAUCCAGUGGGGUCAUCGCUUUGUUCCCAUAGUAACAGAGGAGGAGGGCGUCUACUCUGUGGACUACUCCAAGUUUGGAAAUACAGUCAAGGUUGCGACUCCACGCUGCAGUGCCAGAGAACUGGAUGAGAAGCCGUCGAUCUUAAUCCAGACGCUUCAGAAGAGCGAACUGUCGCACCAGAACUCUCUACGGAAACGCAACUCCAUGAGACGCAACAACUCCAUGCGUAAAGGCACGGGCAGCAGCGGGGGUCUGCGCAGGAACAACUCUGGACUCCUCGCACCUAAAGUCCAGUUCUUCACUGAAGGAGGCCAGAACCUGAACGCCGUCACCUGACAUGAGGCCUGCCUCCUGCUGGCUGGCCUGGUCCUCCUGAUGGAGAAGAGGAUUGUGGGUGUUGGUGUAUCUCCUGCCAUGAUGGGACUUGUUUUGUUUCUCUUCCCUGCCUUGUCUCGCUUCGUCUCCCAACACUUUCAUGACUGAUGGUACUCUAUGUUUACGUGUAUGUGGUGCAUUUUCAGACUCAACUUUUCAACGCACUGACAUCCUAUCAUUCAGCUUUGUAGCUAAAUGUUUACCCAGAGAACCAUUCACCACACACACACACACACACACACACACACACACACACACACACACACACACACACACACACACACACACACACGUACAUUCAGAUAGUUGUAAAGUAGAGUGAGCUCUAAUUAAAAUCACCAAUGUGCUUUAGAAGACUCCAGUCUGAAUAACACACAGUACCUUCACUCCAUGAACCCAGUUUAACCUUUUGUUUGGUCACAAAUUUUAAUGUAAAAGUAGUGUGGAGAUGUUCAUUAAAUGAUUAAUCAUUAAACAGACAAUCAAUAACCGUUUCCUGGCUACAGGUUUAAUGUGUCAUAUUUGUAUGUGUCAUAUUAUAAAUCAAGUAUCUUUUU